AUUGAGCCUAAUGAGGGAUACAUCAUUUCCCGCCAGAGUUAAAGAGCUGUCCAAUCUCUGUGGAAACCCGCUGAUAGCAGCUAGACUUUGCCCUGAGGCGCACCAACAAUACAGGAAGAGCAGAAAGACUGGAUUGUGGCUCGUACAGACCCAGAAUGGAGCUGGAUAAUGGCAACGGAAGCGAUAGCCGUGGACCUCAGCCGCCGCCCUACAACCCUUACUAUUAUGGCCAGAACCCACACGCAGGGAAGACCUACCAAGUGGGGAAGGGUGACAUUCCAGUGGUGACCCCUCCUGGCUACUACGACAGCACGGUCCACUCAGAAGGACCGGCAGGAGACGUAGACCAGCAUCAGUUUGGUCAACCAGCAGCCAACUGCUGUCAUGGCUUGGAGGAGAGCGUUUUUGCAGAUGCCGCCGUUCGAAGAGGUUUCAUAAGGAAAGUCUACCUGACCUUGAUGAUUCAGCUGCUGGUGACUGUUGGGAUCAUCUGUGCUUUCCUUUACUGGGACACUCUCAGGGAAUGGACGAGGACAAACAACUGGUUCACCUACACCAUGAUGGCGACGGUGAUGGUACUCCUCGUGCUUUUGUCCUGCUGUGACAACAUCCGCCGCCGCGUCCCCCUCAAUUUCAUCACCAUGGGAGUGUUUACUCUUGCAGAGGGCCUGAUGCUGGGGUCCAUCACAGUGUUCUACUCCGCCGAAGCCGUUCUGUGGGCCGUGGGGGCGACUGCGCUGGUGUCCUUUUCCCUGAGUGUAUUCGCUAUGCAGACCAAGUGGGACUUCACCAUGGCGAGUGGGAGCCUGUGGGUGUUUGCAUGGACGCUGCUUUCGUUUGCGCUGCUCUGUGCAAUCCUCCGAUCUCAGUUUGCGUACAUCGCCUACGCCUGCCUGGGCACCCUGCUGUUUUCCCUGUACCUGGUGUUCGAUACCCAGCGCAUCGUGGGCGGCAAGCACAGGAAAUGUGAGGUGUCUCCUGAGGAAUACGUUUUCGCUGCCCUCAGCCUCUACUUGGACAUCGUUGUGUUGUUCCUCUUCUUGCUCAAACUCAUCAACCUCUGUCGCUGACACCGGAGCCGCCAGCCGGGGGCCGUGAUGUCGCGUCUCGCAACAAUCAGGCUCCCGGUUCUAACAUCCAGGUCCAUAUUUCAUCACUUUCUUCUCAACCAGCAAAGGAUCAUGGUGCAACCAGGAUGGAGAUCUUUUACUGCUAAUGCGGACCUUUGCUUUGGAUAGCAAGUUAGAUUAUUGACAGACUAAUAUUGCUUUGAUGAUUGACAGGCAGUCUCAUCCAUCAUCACUCUUCACCUAAUAUGAGCUGGGAUACAAUAACACAACAAAUGGUACAGUGACACCCAAAGAUGUUUUUAGCUGGAAUGAUGCAGGAAGUGGCACAAGAUGGGAUCAAAUCAUAUUUUCAGUUAUAGUUGAAUGUCCAAAAUGAUCUAGUAUAUUUAUCAACACAAGCAUAUCCAUCAGUCAACCAUAUCAAUCGCUUCUAUUAUUAAAAACCAAACCAUGUAUACACUCCAACAGCAGAAGAAACGUGUGAUGUUUGAAGCCGCCAUUUUGGAAUGAUAAACGGAGCUGCUUGUACGGAGGCCAACAAAGUAACGUCAAAUUGGAGAAUUUUAUUCCGUCUGUGUGGAAAAUCUAACUUCUAAAAAAAUAAAUGUGGGAAUUUUGACGCUGAUGAAGUCUGCUCGAGAAUUUUGCUGAAAAAGCCCAGGCUACGUUAGAAUAGAACAAAGCAUGAAACUGAGUCCAUUAAGCUCAAUCAUAUGAUUUUCAUAUAUAUAUUUUCACAUAUUUGUCAUUACGCUGUCAAACACCUUUGCCACUUUGUUCUUGUUUAAUGUCAACGUUAUAAGGCAUAAGGCUUUGGGAUUCAGUAU